UUAAGAUGGCGCCGCCCAGGAGCCCCAGGAGGAGAGUGAUAAUGAGCUAACAGACUCCUACACCUCGAAUCUGGGGUUCUCAGCUGGAGGCGAAGGUGCAUCUACCCCGUCCCUCCCCCUCCGCCCUAGCGGCCCGGCCUCAGUUUCCGCUUGACGCUCUUCACUCGACCCGGCUUAGUGCUUCCUCUUUUUGCCCCCUUUCUACCCCGCUUCCUCCCUUCUCUGUCUCGCGGCCCAGCCAGGGUGACGGACGACUCCCCAAGGCUCGCUGGGUCGCUUCCCUCUGAGCUUGGACUGAGAGCCCUGCCGCCCCUUCCGUGGAGUCCGGCCACCUUCGUACUUGUCCAGGUGUCCAGGCCUCAGGGGCUGCAGAGAAAGGAGGAGCUGGUACGGUACCUGCCCCUUAACCAGCGUCCCCUGGGCUGGACAAGGCGUUCGAGUCUGAAACCAGGAAAGGACAAGAGUUAUUAGGAGAGGGGAGCUCCUGGCACGGGAAUUAUUAGUGAGGAAAUUGAAAUCCCAGGAGUUGAAAAAAAAAUGGGAGAUGAUGAGAAACAGUUAGUGAUGGAGAGAAGAGAAGAAAUAAGCACUCAGCACGAUGGUGGCACUGUCAUGGAGCAUGCCAAGUCUGUUCCUUGUGGAUGGGAAAGGAUUGUGAAGCAAAGAUUAUCUGGAAAAACGGCUGGAAAAUAUGAUGUUUAUUUUAUCAGCCCUGAAGGAGUGAAGUUCAGAUCCAAAAGUUUACUUGCAUGUUACCUUCACAAAAGUGGAGAGACUUCUCUUAAGCCAGAAGAUUUUGACUUCCGGGCCCCUCCCAAGAGUAACCCUCCAUCAGGACCCUCACAUCCCAGUGUGGAGACUCUGGCAGCACAGUUCCAGGGGGAGCCAAGCCGCCGAAGCCCAAAGCAGAAGCUUAGGACACCUCGCAGGAAAGAGAAAGUUACGCUUCAUCCCCCAUGUGGGGUUUCACAGGUGCAGGACCAGAAUAGUGAACUGUCUUGCUUCACUUUCCACCAGAGGCUCCAAAAGGGUGCUGAUGUCAUUGGUUCUCAGAACCUGAAAAAGCCCACAGGAAAGGCAGCCACUACAAAAGGGAGUCACGUUAAGGAAGCUAAGAAAGGGGGUAGGAAAGGUCCUUCUGGUUGCAUUCAAAAACGAAAAAGAGCAGCAUCUGGUGAAGAAGCUGUUUCCAGUACACACAGUGAUCACCUUGAGAGACCCCUGUGCUGUUCUGAUGACGGAAUGAGUGAGGAGCAUAUAAAGGUGACAGAUGAAGAAAGGGAACUGAUAAAUAAAGUAUUUACUUCAGGCUCACAUUCCCAAAUGCAUACAGCACAAGGAGCUUCUUGUACAGAAAAUACAUUAUGUGCCAAUGAAGUUUCAGAAUAUAAAGGAAAGAGUGGGCGUACUUCUGUAAGAUCUGAAAAGACCUUUAUAGAAACUGGGGAAGAGAAGGAGCAUUUGCAAGCUGACAUUUUAAAAUGUAACUCAGAAAUAGACAGUGGCAGCUCCCAGGAUGAAAAAGAUUUGACUUUUGUGACAACAUUUCAAGAAAAUACCAUCCAACGAACACAAGUGGAAAAAAGGAAAACCAGCCAGUAUUUCUCCAACAAAAACAACAAAGAAGUCCUUAGCCCACCACGACGGAAACUGUUUAAAAAGUGGACUCCACCUCGGUCCCCUUUUAAUCUUGUCCAAGAAACACUCUUUCAUGACCCGUGGAAGCUCCUCAUCGCUACCAUAUUUCUCAAUAGGACUAAAGGCAAGAUGGCAAUACCUGUGCUCUGGGAAUUUCUGGAGAGGUACCCUUCUGCCGAGGUGACGAGAACUGCAGACUGGAGGGACGUGUCAGAACUCCUCAAGCCUCUCGGCCUCUACGAUCUUAGAGCCAAAACAAUUAUCAAAUUCUCAGAUGAAUAUCUGACCAAGCAGUGGAAGUACCCAAUCGAACUGCAUGGGAUCGGAAAAUACGGCAAUGACUCCUACAGGAUUUUUUGUGUCAACGAAUGGAAGCAGGUCCAUCCUGAAGACCAUAAGUUAAAUAAAUAUCAUGACUGGCUCUGGGAAAAUCAUGAAAAACUAAGUCUUAGUUGAAAAGACUUAAAGUUUUAAACUGGAUUUCUGACUUUAUCAGGACUCCUCUUUAGGAGCGUGCAGUCCUCACAACCCCCACUCACACUCUCUGCCUAUACGGAUUGAAAUCAUAGCAAACAUGGUUGAGAACAAGUUAUACAAAUUUUAUUAAAUGAUAGCUGUGCUCCCCACUGCAUUUGUAACCGAAUGUGCCCAAAAAAUGCUUUGAUACUUUUUUAAAUAAAUCGUGACCAAAUUUCA